AUGGUACCAGGGAUAAGGGACAGUUAUGUGGAGGAACAAGAGAAACAAGGCUUUGUAUCCUUAGAGCAGGGAAGGCUAAGGGCAUCCCGCAAGGCAUCGAAGCAGUUGCUGACUAAAGUCACCAAGAAGCCGCCUAAGAGGCGGAGGAAAUCUCACAAGCAGAGCUAUUCCACUUACAUGUGCAGGGUGCUGACUCAGGUCCACCCUCCCACCAGGUUCUCAUCCAAAGCCAUGAGUGUUAUGAGUUCCUUCGCUGUCGACAUUUUUGAGUGCAUCACCUCCAAGGCUUCGCACCUCAUUCACUACAACAAGUGCCACACCAUUUCAGCCUGGGAGAUCCAGAUCGCCAUCUGCCUCAUGUUGCCAGGGAAACUGGACAAACAUGGUGUCUCCGAAGGCACAAAAGCGGUCACCAAAUACACCAACUCCAUUUUGGCCAUUCAUUCUAAAGAUUAUGGACCCGACAUCUACAACCCCGCUGCCAACUAUGAGCUCCAGGCACCCCUCUCCAAUCUCUCCUAG